AUGGGAGUCCAGACGAGGGGAGCCUGGGUGGCUAUGGGGUUCUCGGACUGGGUCAGUGGAUUGGGAAUUCUCUUAAUCUUCCUGAUGGAGAGUUUAGCAGUGGAUGCGACCAACAUGGAGCCAGUAUACUGGAACUCUCUGAACAGAAGGUUUGGAGAUGAGAGGGGCUACAUACUCUACCCUCAAAUAGGGGAUCGUUUGGACCUCGUUUGCCCUGCCAUGAGUCCAUCAGGGCCGAACUCUCCUCCUGAGUAUGAGUUUUAUAAACUCUACCUGGUGUCCUCACGAGAGCAGGCCGACAGGUGUGAGGUGAUGGGCGCCCCGAACCUGUUGCUCACCUGUGACAAACCCAACAGCGAUAUGAGGUUUACCAUCAAGUUCCAGGAGUAUUCGCCCAACCUAUGGGGUCAUGAAUUCAAGAACUUACGAGACUAUUACAUCAUAGCUACCUCUGACGGUACAAAAGAAGGGAUCGACAGCAUGAGAGGAGGCGUUUGUGUGACGCGAGGGAUGAAGCUGGUUCUCAAAGUAGGACAGACCGCAUAUGGCCUUCCCCCAAAACCCAAACCUGAUCCAGGCCGUCCCAGCAACAGAAUCCCAGAUACAGAUAGUAGCUCUAAAGCAGGUGAAGGAAGUGAGGCCGGUGAGAGGGGAGACAGUGGCGCCGUGUCCGUCUCUAACAUCGCCCUAAUCGCCGGUGGUGCCGGGGGAGCCUUCAUCCUCCUGAUCGCUGUAGUGAUCGCUGUUGUGUGUUACCGGCGACGGAAAGCCAAGCACUCUGAAACUCACCAUCCUGCCCUUACACUCUCCUCUCUUUCCCCAAAGAGAGGCAGCUCCUGCGGGGCAGCUACGGGGACCGUCGGGGGCAACAAUAAUGGCUCAGAGCCCAGUGAUAUCAUCAUUCCCCUGCGGACCGCUGACUCGGCGUACUGCCCCCAUUACGAAAAAGUCAGCGGCGAUUACGGACACCCCGUCUACAUCGUUCAAGAGAUGCCUCCUCAGAGUCCAGCCAACAUUUACUACAAAGUAUGAGAUCUGCGAACAUGCAGACAACCAAUCCAGAAUUUAUGGUACCUAUGUGUCCAGUUGACUCUAUAUUUAAGAGCCUAUACGUGAUACUAGAACUUGGAUGUUAAGUAAAGUUCUAGGAAAGUGGUAAAUCCAGCUUUUAUGUCAUAGCGGCGUGUUUGCAUUUAUUUACAAGUGUGUUUGUGUGGCUGAGGCGGUAGGAUCAUGGAUUUCACAUGUACUCAGGUGCAAGUGAAUGUGCGUCACGCUUUUUGGAGAUGAGUUUAUCCGUCCAUUCUGAUGGUUUAAACUGAGUUAUUGUGCUUAUCCUCAAAACCAAACAGUAUAGAGUGAUUCAUAAAAAAGAAUACCUGUAUGUAUAAUAUACUUCUUACAUUUUUACCCUCUGGGGGGAAAUUCACUAAGAACGUGCACUGGCUGAUUGCAACGUUUAUUUGCACAUUCAUUGUUUUGAUGGUCCAUUCACUGACUAACAAUAAAAAUGCAUCAAAACACCAUCUCUACGCUACAUUUCGCCAGCUGCAGACUGGCGCAAUCUGGCGUACUUUACUGGGACUGUACAGUAUCGCUAAGAUCCAGAAAACUGACUGAAUCUUUAAAAUGUCAAAACCGGGUUUGACUAGAUGCUUCCAUUUCAAAAGCUUGUUUCAUUUUUUUGAUCAUCAUUUCAUGAAUUAACACUGCCAUUGUCACUAGACAUGUUACACAAUCAUAUUUUUUAAAUAUUAUCUCAAUUGUGUCUUUUUAGGCGGUUUUGAAUACUGGAUGUCUUUUGACGGGAUCUGAUGAAGACACCGAAUUCAGUAUUUCUUGCGCUUUGGAACAAUCCAAAAAAAAAAAUGAUGUAGUUAGCAGAAUCAAGCUUUUUUUUGGCUUAGUUGGAUCUAUUAUAGAAUGUUGAUGCAUUCUAAAAUAAGGCUAAUUUGCAUAGAAAGGAGGCAUGUUCGCGCGUAAAAUGAAAACUAUUAUUUGAUAAUCCAAGUUUAUAUGCUAUUCCAUCGCAAAAAGCACUUGUUAAACUGGAUUGUGUGUGGCUAGCGAAUAAGACGCCAACUGUACCGGGCGUAAAAGUAGUGCAACUGUUUAGUGAAUUCGCCCCUCUGUUCAUCUGACUGUAAAUGUUUGUCUUUCCUGAACUCAGACCUCCAUCUGAUUUAUUUAUUAAGUAUCAAAGAAACCGUUUUUCAUUCCUUCCACUUCAUCAGCUUCCUAUUGCAACUCCUCAGCACCCGAUUGUUUGUUUUUGAGGUUUUUUUAAACAUAUUUAUGUGAGCAGCAGGAAUCACAUGUGGAGGAGUUGUAGAUGGAUGAUCGUCUGUUUCAGAUGGAGACUCUUCUGAGAUUUCCAAGAGGUUGGAGGUCAAAGUUGAGCGGUCAAAGAAAAACCCCUCAGCGGUGCGCGGGAGUCCUUCACUCAACUUGAUAUGAGGGGUUCUCGCUCUCUUUCUCUGGCCUUUUGAAGUACUGAGUACACCAUGAUAAACUGCUCACCCUAGACACACAAUGCCAAACUUAUACACACUUAACACACACAUCCACAUUACAGCAGUUUGUGUUUUCAUGUGUUAACCCCCGCAGAUGGACUCCAGCUGUGUAUUGGUAUGUUGCUCAGAGCAUUGUGGUUCAGGCCAAAGACAGUAGGACUAAGACAGCCAGUGCGACUGUGCAUCUCAAGAAACUCAGUCACAAACUCUCCACAUCCUCUCGAGUGAUACAUAUAUCCGUUGCUUGGUUACAAUCUCGUCUCGACUCUCAUUAUCACAUUUCGGGGGCGAUGUCUCCAAACCAUCUCUGACAUUAUCACCCCUGUGCCAGCUUGAGGCUUCAGGUCCACAGUUCACCCGAGUUCUUUCACUGGAUGAAACGUGACAUCAUCGUGAUGUAAGAAGAGACCGUCUGUUACCGGCCGGAGUGACCUGAGCUUUCCGGUUCAGACUUCUCUCUGUCCACGUUGAUUUAAGGAUUUCUUGCCGUCAUUACCACAAAUGACUAACAAUCAGAAAUGGCGCCUUUAUCAUUUUACUUAUUUCUGUUAAUGUAUUUUUUAUGCUUUUGUUCUUCCCAUUUAAUUACUUUCGACAGUUUUGAGCAAAUGAGAGUAAUCUAAACGAAGGAAAACAAAUGCAGUUUUAUCUAACCUACCCUGCUUGUGUCCGUGGUAACCCUCAGUGGAAACCUACAUUGGGAAUUGUAUUUGUAAUUAUCAAAUUCUGAUUCCCCUUAACUGCUCCAUUGACUAUUCUUUCAGGACUUCUGAAUAAAGACAUUUGGAGAGGG